ACUCACGGGCGAACCGGAUACAGUAUAUCACCAGUCAGAAUCAUUUUCAAAACCCUACCUUUAUAACCCUCAUUUCCACCAGGAAAACCGCCCCCACUCUGAAACCCUAGAACACCCCAUCUCUCUCCACAACAAUGCCUCCGAAGUUCGAUCCAUCCCAGGUAGUCGACGUCUACGUCCGAGUCACCGGCGGAGAGGUAGGCGCGGCGAGUUCACUCGCCCCCAAGAUCGGCCCGCUCGGUCUCUCCCCCAAGAAGAUCGGCGAGGACAUCGCCAAGGAGACCGCCAAGGACUGGAAGGGCCUCCGCGUCACCGUCAAGCUGACCGUCCAGAACCGCCAGGCCAAGGUCGCCGUGGUCCCCUCCGCCGCCGCCCUCGUCAUCAAGGCCCUCAAGGAGCCCGAGCGCGACCGGAAGAAGACCAAGAACAUCAAGCACACGGGGAACAUCUCGCUCGACGACGUCAUCGAGAUCGCCAAGGUGAUGAGGCCGAGGUCCAUGGCCAAGGAGCUCACCGGGACCGUCAAGGAGAUAUUGGGGACCUGCGUCUCGGUGGGGUGUACGGUGGACGGGAAGAACCCUAAGGAUUUGCAGCAGGAGAUUGCCGAUGGUGACGUGGAGGUUCCUGAGGAUUGAGGGGGGUUUUGGAAGUGAGAAAAACUACUUGUUUUAAUUAAUAUAGUUUUUGAAGUUUGGUUCUGGUAUCUGCUUUUUUUUUUUUGGGAUAAUUGGAGGUGCUUGGAAUUUUAUUUUCGAUAUAAUUCAGUUUUGCAGUUUAUGAGUUUUCGGCCAUAAUUUUUGGUCUGGUAUUGCUGUUGGAUGAUGCAUUGGUGAUUGAAUAACUGGUGGUUAGUUUAA